GAACUCACUUCCUCUCCCCCCCCCCCCCCCCGGGACAUGGCUCCAGGCCAGAAGAGCUUUUGGUAAACAGAAGCGUCUGUUGAGGCUUGCCCUGUUUCGACUUUCCUGGGCCAAAGAGAAGCCUGAAAUUCUUCACCCCGUGCUGACCUCUCAUUCCAGACCGAGUGCCGUUGUAGGUCCCACCUUGCAGACUCCGCCCCAGGCUCAACCUCCUCGCAGCGGUUGAGUCCCAACUUCAACCUGAAACCCUGACCUCUCCCCAUUCCGAUCUCUCCUACUGAGCCCCCGGAUCGGGAAGAGCCCCAACUGCUGGACCCCAGCUGUAGAGUUUCCAGCUCCAUCGCUGACCCUGGCACGCCCGGCCUGACACUUUAUUCAUCAUCCGGCCUCUGACUCCUCUUCCGCCCCUCCCCCCGUUCCCGCUCCCCGCCUUGCAUCUAGGAGCUUAGUCUAGCGGCCGCCAGCAGGUGGGGCCAGGGCCCGUUGGAGCCUCAGUUUCUGCGGGGACUCCAGGGCCUAUUUCCUCAGAAGUCUAGACUGCCUUUCUCUUCCAGCCUCAGCCAGUUUUGGCACUUCCGCAGCAGAGGAGAAAGCACCUGCAGGCGGGGAGAUUGGGGUGGGAGACACCGGGGCCUUUUCCCUUUCGUGCGGAAGCCUCAAGGGGAUUUACAAGGCGUGAAAAGACUUUUAUGAUCGGGAGGACCCGAACUUGCCCCAGAGUCCCAGAGUCUAAGCGGGAGGGGGAGGGGAAUUACGGGGCCUCUCAGGGGCAGUGAAUGAGGCUAGGAAAUGGGCAGUCAGGUGCAAGUGUGAGCGUGUGUUUGUGUGUGUGUGUGUAGUCCAGGACUGGUGCCCAAGGACAGCCUGUCCUCAGUUUCCCAGAGGAGGCUGGCGAGGAGGAAGAGAAGUCAGGAUGCGGUGGGGGCGCGCUAAUGGACCUGGCCUUGGCUGGAGGCGCGUGCUGGGCUGGAUCGAAGUCACCCAUCUGCUCUGUGGCCGGAGGGAACCAUUAAUGGAACGAAAUGGAGAUUUCUGGAGCCGAGUCGGUCCCCGCAAGAGCCUAGUGACCGACCACAGGUUUUCCCUGCCAUGGAGUGGGGGAGAAGUUGGAGAGGCUGCUUGGAUCUGGAGUUUUCCAAUUUUGACCCUUUAAAAGAAAUGCAAAGUUGAAAGGAAAAGAUGAAAGGUUUGGGAUGGCAGAGGAGAGUAAUAUGGGGAAACAAAUUUGGAAAAUAAAGCGACGAGUCCUUUAAAGAAGCCCAUGGCCCCUUAAGAGAGGUGGAGCAUCCGCUGAGUUCCGCCUCUUUGGGCUCCGCCCUUAGGGCGCCUGCUGGGGGCUUGGCCGGGCAGGGGCGUGGUAAAGCGCGAAGGGGCGUGGCCUUCCAGGCUGGUGGGCGUGUCUUGGCCGUGGGGCGGGCGGGGCUGGGCACACUGCCCUGGGGCUGAGUCUCCGGUGGAGGGCGGCGGGGACCCGGGCUGGAGGCGGUGGCGUCUUCGCCGCAGAAGCAGCAUGGAUUGGGGCACCGAGUUGUGGGAUCAGUUUGAGGUGCUGGAACGCCACACUCAGUGGGGGCUGGAUCUGUUGGACAAAUACGUGAAGUUCGUGAAAGAACGUGUGGAGGUGGAGCAGGCUUACGCCAAGCAACUCCGGAGCCUUGUGAAAAAGUAUCUUCCCAAGAAACCUACCAAAGAUGAUCCCGAAGUCAAGUUCAGCCAGCAGCAGUCGUUCGUCCAGCUUCUCCAGGAGGUCAAUGAUUUCGCUGGCCAGCGAGAGCUGGUGGCCGAGAGCCUUGGCGUCCGAGUAUGCCUGGAACUGGCCAAAUACUCCCAUGAGAUGAAGCAGGAGCGGAAGAUGCAUUUCCAGGAAGGCCGGCGGGCCCAGCAGCAGCUGGAAAAUGGCUUCAAACAGCUGGAAAGUAGUAAGCGGAAGUUUGAACGAGACUGCCGGGAGGCUGAGAAAGCCGCUCACACGGCCGAGCGGCUGGACCAGGACAUUAACGCCACCAAGGCGGAUGUGGAGAAGGCCAAACAGCAAGCUCACCUGCGGAACCACAUGGCGGAGGAGAGUAAGAAUGAGUAUGCAGCCCAGCUGCAGCGCUUCAACCGAGACCAGGCUCACUUCUACUUCUCCCAGAUGCCGCAGAUAUUCGAUAAGCUGCAGGAUAUGGAUGAGCGCCGGGCCACCCGCCUUGGGGCCGGGUAUGGGCUCCUAGCCGAGGCUGAGCUGCAGGUGGUUCCCAUAAUCGGCAAAUGCUUGGAGGGUAUGAAGGUGGCUGCGGAGUCUGUGGACGCUAAGAAUGACUCACAGGUCCUCAUUGAACUACACAAGUCAGGGUUCGCCCGCCCAGGGGAUUUGGAAUUCGAAGACUUCAGCCAAGUCAUGAACCGGGUGCCUUCAGACAGCAGCCUGGGCACCCCGGACAGCAGGCCUGAGCUCCGAGCAGCCUCUAACCGAAGCCGUGCCAAGCGCUGGCCCUUUGGGAAAAAGAACAAGCCGCGUCCCCCAUCCCUGUCCCUCCUGGGGGGUCACCUACCCUCCACAUUGUCUGAUGGACCCCCGUCCCCCCGUUCUGGCCGCGACCCCUUGGCCAUACUGAGCGAGAUCAGUAAGUCAGUCAAACCGCGGCUAGCAUCCUUCCGCAGCCUCCGAGGCGGCCGUGGGACGGUGGUCACGGAAGAUUUCAGUCACCUGCCCCCAGAGCAGCAGAGAAAGCGACUCCAGCAACAGUUAGAAGAGCGGAACCGUGAGUUGCAGAAGGAGGAGGACCAGAGGGAGGCCCUAAAGAAGAUGAAAGACGUAUAUGAGAAAACACCGCAGAUGGGGGACCCUGCCAGCUUGGAGCCCCGCAUCGCAGAAACCCUGAGCAACAUUGAGAGGCUGAAGCUGGAAGUACAGAAGUAUGAGGCUUGGUUGGCAGAAGCUGAAAGCCGGGUCCUCAGCAACCGAGGGGACAGCCUGAGCCGUCACACCAGGCCCCCUGACCCGCCAGCUACUGCCCCACCUGACAGUAGCAGCAGCAGCAACAACAGUGGAUCCCAGGAUAAUAAGGAGAGCAGCUCAGAAGAGCCCCCUUCAGAGGAAGGCCAGGAUACCCCCAUUUAUACUGAGUUCGAUGAGGACUUUGAAGAGCCUGCGUCCCCUAUUGGCCAGUGUGUGGCUAUCUAUCACUUCGAAGGAUCCAGCGAGGGAACCGUCUCCAUGUCCGAGGGGGAAGACCUCAGUCUGAUGGAGGAAGACAAGGGUGAUGGCUGGACGCGGGUCAGGAGGAAACAGGGAGCCGAGGGCUACGUGCCCACCUCCUACCUCCGGGUCACACUCAACUGAACAUACCAGAGUGUGGAGGAGGGGCAGGGCUGUCAGCUGCUGCUUCUGGGCCACAGGGGGCCCCCAGGACCUUGCACUUUAUUCCUGCCCUCGUGGCUUUUGGCUGAGACCUGUGUAACCUGCUGUCCCCUCUUCCACCUCACCUGUCACCCUACAGGGACCCACUUGUGCCUUCCCGCGUGGUUGUACAUAUUCGUCAUUUAAGACCUUUGUUCCUGCCGCUCGGCUUGGGCCAAGUUUUGUUUUAUAUUAAAAAAUGGUAUAUAUAAUUAUA